AUGGAGUUCUACAAUCGGGUGAGGGUGAACUACUUCUUUGUUCCCUGGAUAGCAGGGAUCUUAUUAAUGUUGGGACUUCCUUCCAGCGUAGCACCUGAUAAAGUACAACCGAUACUAUGGUGCAUAUUAAUGGCUCCAAUCGUAGUAUUGGAGCUCAAAAUAUUUGGUCAAUGGUUCACCAAAGGAAAAAGAUCUCUUGGUAGAACUACAAAUCCUUCCACAUAUUUAUCAGUUAUUGGAAACUUCAUGGUUGCUCAACUUGCAAUGAGAGUGGAUUGGAAGGAAGUUGCAAUGUUCUUCUUUACCAUGGGAUUAGUUCACUAUGUGGUUGUCUUCGUCACACUUUAUGAGAGACUCUCCUCAGAUGUCACAGUUUCUAGAAAGUUGUCACUCAUGUUCUUUCUAUUUAUUACAGCUCCAACCUCUGCAAGCCUAACAUGGCAGGGAAUCUCAGGAUCUUUUGAUACGGUUUAUAGUGAGAUUGAAUUUAUUCUGAGAUAUGAUGUAGAGGUUUUCAAUGAUUUGGUGGGCAUGCGCAUAUCCUAUGACUAUAACGUCUGUGGCUACGAUCAAAUAUGCAGAGGAAGUUAG